AUGAAGUUUUCUAAAGACUUCACCCGCAGGGCUGGCAUCUUUGCCCUGUUUGCCGUGGCAGACGCAGCUCUGUACGACCAGACUAUCAAGAUCCUCCAGGGAAACUUGCAGGGUGCAGCUGCCUUCAAUAGCAGCAGUGUACCAUCCACCAUCUCCAACUGGAAAGAUAUCUCCUCGUACGCUGCUGGCGGCGAAUCCUCUCAGUCGACCUAUGAUGGUGCUGGCAUGGCUGGUAAAGAUAUCGUCUUUCUGGAAAAUGAAACCGGCACGACGGGAAACUACGGCCUGUUAGACCAGAUUGCUGCUCUCAAAUGGGUUCAUGAGAACAUUGCGGCGUUCGGUGGCCUAAUCAAGGGAGUUAUCGCGGAAAGUGGCAUCAAAGACCCGAACAUGGUGGGAUACGGCAGUGACUACCGGAGCAUGGCCUGGGCGUUGAAUUUCAGCAACACCUUCUAUGAAUCGUUGAAUACUUUCAAUCUGGCUGAGUUGAGAGCCGUGGACCUUUCGACUGUGUUGACCGGAACUGGGACCACCGAUUUCACUGGUUUUGACCCUGUACUGAACAACCACUCUAUUCCCCACAAGUACAUCGUUAGCUUGGAGGAGGGAGCGGCGAACAAAGUACCGAUCCUGCUUGGUAACAACAAGGACGAGAACGGCAUCGAUCUGAUUACAUCCUACAACGUGACAGAGUAUGAGGAGGCGAUCACCUCGAGCUAUGGAGACUAUGCUGCCGAGCUCCUGGCUCUUCACCCGGCCAACACCACCGCCGCCGCCACGAAUGCCUACAAUGCCAUCUUGCGCGCGGGAUACUAUACCUCCACCUACUACGAUCCCUCGAGUAGUGGUGCCGCUCAUGGCUCAGAGGUUGUCUACGCCCUGGGCAACCUGUGUGCUCAGACCUCAAGCUACAGCGAGACUGACUACGAGGUUUCCGAGAAGGUGUCCUCUUACUGGGCCAAUUUCGUUAAGGCUCAGAACUCCAAUAAGGGAGGAUCGAGCACGAAUGGGACAUUGCCGUAUUGGGGGGCUAAUGUUCCCUCGCAAAAUAGGCAGUUUGAUUUAGGCACUUACUGGAAGAAGAUUCCCAUCACUUCCAGCAUCAAGGAGAAGGAGGUCCUGUUGAAGUAUUUCAAUUCGGCUACUCCUAUCCCUUACUAG